UCUUCCUCCUCCACUGAGCUUAAGGGGCCGUCCUAUGAAAACUACUGAUAUCUAUGUAAUUACUCAUUAUUUAUAUUUAAUAGACUGAUAUUUCGCAUGGUACAGCGCAACGUUCUUCAACAGUUAUUGCCAGCACCCCACCAUGGCUGCAUCCACCAUCCCGGCAGCUGAUCUCAGAACAUUUUCAGAAUAUUUAAAAGGAUGCAAGCGCAUACUCGCACUUCUAGGAGCUGGUAUCUCCGCCUCAUCGGGACUUCCUACCUUUCGGGGAGCUGGAGGUCUAUGGCGAUCCUACGAUGCGACUGACCUGGCAACGCCCGAAGCGUUCGAAGCCAAUCCAGACCUGGUGUGGCAGUUCUAUAGUUAUCGGAGGCAUAUGGCACUAAAAGCACAACCGAAUCGCGCACACCGUGCGCUGGCAGAGCUCGCUAAGAGGAAUAAAAACUUCGUUACCUUGUCGCAAAAUGUCGAUGGCCUCUCGCAGCGAGCAGACCAUCCGUUAUCUCAGCUUCACCUCCUCCAUGGUUCCCUUUUCACUGUCAAAUGCACGUCCUUCUACUGCAGUUAUUCCCGUGAGAACGACUUCACUGAUCCAAUCGUUCCUGCUCUCGCGAUACCGAAGAAUGCUCGAGGGCCCGAGCAAUCAGCGGGUGAUAAGACAGGCGAGGAAGCUUCGAAGACCUUAAGCGGCGCAUUAAGGGCAUGGGAAGGUGAAGAAGUUGACAUUUCUGAUGACCGGGUUCCUCUUACCCCGCUGAGCCCUGACGUCCUUCCACAUUGUCCAGAGUGCAAAGAUGGACUCCUUCGGCCCGGGGUGGUAUGGUUCGGAGAGAGCCUGCCAUUACAUACUCUUGACAGGGUGGAUAGCUGGAUGAAAUCUGGUCCUGUUGACCUGAUAUUAGUGAUUGGUACAAGCUCAAGAGUGUACCCUGCUGCAGGCUAUGUUGAUAAGGCUCGGGCGAGGGGCGCUAGAGUUGCGGUAGUUAAUAUGGAUCGGAACGAUGUAGGGUCUUCAGGAUUGAAACCAGGCGAUUGGUUCUUCCAAGGUGAUGCUGGUGCCAUCGUUCCAGAGCUUUUGAAGGAAGUCAUUGGGGAGAUCUGAUCGACAUUAUGGGGCCUGAUUGUUCACUAAACUAAAAAUAGACAGAUAGGAUUCGGCGAUAGCUAAAUAUAUACAUGCCUGAAGACCAGGAAAUGCUUAAUCUAAUAGUAGACUUUGAAAAGUGGCUCGAGCUCUCAAAC